CCUCUCCUUAACGGAAAAAGAGAGAGAAAGCGAGCGAGCCAGCUCCCGAUUUGAGAUACCUCUUCCUCUUCGCCCUCACCGACGACGGUCUUCUCCUCGCCGAUCGUACCUUCGGAAACCAGAACACCUCUCUCGCUCUCUCUCUCUCUCUCUCUCUCUCCCCCCCCCCCCCCCCUCUGCGCUCUUUAAGGGAGAGUCGUCGUCAUCGUCGCCUCCGACGCCGCUUAGCUCCCGCGGGCGAUCUCCUCCGCUCCCUCGGGCCCUGCGCUACUGCCGGACGAUGGGAAGGCGGUGGCACGGACGGCGACGGCGCCAGAUCUGAGGCCCUCGCCACUCAGGCGACCGAUCCAUGGUGGCGACGGGGCCGUCGCAGGCGGCCGGGGGGAUGCCUCUGCCGGGCCCCAGGACGAGGAUGCACGUGUGGUUCAUGAGGGCGUGCGCUGGCAUCGUGGUCUGGACAUGCCUUGUCCAGCUAUUCGCCGUCGGCCACCUCUGGCGCCGCCCUCGCCUCCCCUCCGCCCACGCCGGAGGCGGCGCCGGCUCCUCCUCCCCACCGGGGGCCUGGAAUCCCACCCGAGUCUUCGUCGGCCGCGUUGGCGGCGAUGCCGCGUUGCCCAACCUGUCUAUCCGGACGCAGGAACCGCCGCAUGCUCCCCCGCCCCAGCUGCCCUCCAGAAUUUAUAAGAGUAAUGGUGUUCUUAAAGUAUCUUGUAAUGGCGGUCUGAAUCAAAUGCGUGCAGCGAUCUGUGACAUGGUGACUGUUGCUCGCUUUUUGAAUCUAACAUUGGCCAUUCCAGAGCUUGACAAGAAAUCAUUCUGGGCUGAUCCUAGCAAUUUUGAAGACAUAUUUGAUGUGAGGCAUUUCAUCGACUCAUUAAGAGACCAAGUGCAUAUUGUUAAAAGGAUCCCAAAGAAGUUUGGUCCAAAUGCUUCAAAUAAUUCACUUGUGAUGCCUCCUGUGAGCUGGUCAAAUGAGAAAUAUUACUUGCAACAGAUCUUGCCACUUUUCAACAAAUUCAAGUUGAUACAUUUUAAUCGGACUGAUGCCCGUUUGGCAAACAAUGGUCUCCCAGUUGAGCUUCAGAAGCUCAGAUGUCGUGUGAAUUAUCAUGCACUAAGAUUCACUCCUCAAAUUGAGGCAUUGGGUAACAAAUUGGUUAAAAUUCUUCAAGGAAGAGGAGCUUUUGUGGCUUUACACUUGAGAUAUGAGAUGGACAUGCUGGCUUUCUCUGGCUGCACUCAUGGUUGCUCUGUGGAAGAAGCAGAAGAACUCAAGAGGAUGAGGUAUGCAUAUCCAUGGUGGCGAGAGAAAGAGAUUGACUCCGAGGGUAAGAGACUGCAAGGUUUGUGUCCUCUUACACCAGAGGAGACUGCACUGGUUUUGAAGGCUUUAGGCUUCAAGAACAACACUCAGAUCUACAUAGCUUCGGGUGAGAUAUAUGGCGGUGAUCGGCGGCUCACAGCAUUACGAGCUGCAUUUCCGAAACUCGUGAGAAAGGAGAUGCUACUUGACCCAGAGGAUCUGCAUCAAUUUCAGAAUCACUCUUCCCAGAUGGCUGCUUUGGAUUUCAUGGUUUCGAUAGCUAGUGAUGUUUUCAUUCCCACAUACGAUGGGAACAUGGGGAAGGUUGUUGAAGGCCACCGCAGGUACCUUGGGUUCAAGAAGAGUAUUUUGCUGGAUCGCAGAAAAUUAGUCAAACUAGUUGAUUUGCACGAAAAUAAGACUCUUUCCUGGGAUGCGUUUGUAUCUGCUGUUAGACAGGAUCAUGAGGGAAGAUCUGGGCAGCCAGCCUGCCGGAAAGUGGUAAUAGACAAGCCAAAGGAGGAAGAUUACUUCUAUGCAAACCCUCAUGAGUGCUUCGUUAAUGUAACAGAUUGUAACGGGCCUGGAAAUUCAAGUGCUGUUGGAUGAGGUCUCUGAGCAAUCAACUCAAGAAAUUUGUGAGAUCAAGGCCAUACAGCCUGCCAAGUUCCUUGGCCGUAUGGUCUCUCGAUGCCAGCAAAUCAGGCAUUCUGAGGAAUAUUCGUUGAAGAAUACCAGCACCAAUAAAAGCAAAUGCAAUUUUUCGGUGCUCUGCAGUUGCUGCUGGUGCUCCCCUACGUUAUUUGUUUGUCAUGCCAAUGCAACAUGGCUGAUGUAUUUGGUGUAAAAGUAAUUUUGCCGAUGGUGGGCAUUUAGAAUCCACGGAUGCGAGGACCUUGCCCUGGUCCCAUGGUGCAACUUUUUAAAUAUUCUUAGGUGUUUGAUAUUUGAGUUGAAGUCCUGUUGAAGGGAUGGUAGCGUCUUAGCUGCUUGGCAGCUGGUACUAAGUGGGGGAAUGUUUGAAGGUUGGAACGAAGAUACCACCUUUCUCAUUGUUUUGAUGUUCUUCAGUAUUCUCAAAAAGAAAGAGAAUAUGUACCAUCCAUAUCUCUGUUUAUUGGAUCUUUUUAAUAAAUGCUACCUCUCAGUCAGCUUCAAAAAAAAAGAUAUGUAACUUUUCUUGUUUAA